ACAAGAUAAGUCCACUUACAACACAACUAGGUUGCAUGUUUGUUUUAAACAAACCACCACAAAAGACAGAAAAGAUGAGGAAAAACAGCUCUACCCUAACCGCCUCCUCCAGAGCGAUGAAGAAUUCCACUUCGGGGAUGCAGCGACACUUCCAGAGCUCCAGAUACACAGGCAGCUUCACGGGGUUCCCAAGCCGAAAAGGCUCCCGGAUGAUGUCGGACAGCAGAGCCACGGGAAGGAGCAACGUUCACAGGAAAGCCAUUCGGGUGCUGGAUGAGAAUGGCUAUGACGUCACACCUCGGCCACUUCUCCAACCUGAGGUUAGGGACCCGCACUCCAAACCAAUCAGAUACAUUUUCGAAGACCUCUUCUCCAGAUGGGACACGUCGAAAUCGUCUUCCUUCUCCAACGUGGCCUCUUCUGGAUCAUUUAUGUGGAGCAGCAGACCCCCCAGCAUGUCCACCAAGAACUCAAUGACCAUCCACAGUGGAGACAUCGCUUUCAAGUUGGAGAGCAUCCCGCAAUCCGAGGCAAAGCGACAGGCGGCCCCUGUGGGUCAACAUAUGUUGGAGGAGACCACUUCGGACGAAGUGGUCAACAUCUACCUGACUGAGACGGACACCAUCACACUUCUGGACCUUCUCAGCACCUGUGUGUCGGAGGAGGCUGACGACGCACAAGCUAUUAAGGAGAGCAACCUCCUCUACAUCGAGCAGUGCAACAACAAAAUGGGCAACGACAAAUACAUUGCUCGGGCGGUGCAGACGUUCGUCGGAGCGUCGAAAGACAAAAAAAUCCAGAGCGAAAAGAUUUUUAUGCAGGAUGAAGGUAGCAUGGCCACCAUUUGGGAUAUCUAUGACUCAUUCCAAAUUGAAGCUACUACUAAAACAGAGAAGGCUUCUGACAGCGCCAUGGCGGUCAAAAAGGGUCAAGGGACCAAUGAGGGAGAGAGCUACAGCACCGCCAGCACAGCAAACACAGGAAGGACGGUCAGCACCAGAAGCUCCCUGUUUGCCAUAAAGAUACAAGGCGAUGCUUUGAGCGACGAGCUGGACCCUCAGCUUAUCCUGCAGUCCGAGAGCUUCCAGGGUAACCUGUUCAUCAUGGAGCGCUGCAUCGCCGCUAACAUCUUCCAGCCCAAACUGGCGUCUUACAGAGAACUGGCCGUCAUGCAAGACCCCACGUCCGUGAGCCAACCUGACUCUGAGGAGCCCACAGAGGAGAAGGAGGAGGAUGAGUAUGAAGAGGGAAUGAAGGCGGUGGAGGAAGAAAAGAAGGAGGAGGAGAAAGAGGAGGAGGAGAAAGAGGAGGAGGAGGAGACUGAGGAGAAAGUGGAGGAAGAGGAAGAGAGGCCAGAUCUGGAACAUCUCUGGACCUUUUGCUGUGAGCUCACCAAAGGGCGCAAGAUCACCAGCAUGGCUUGGAACAAGGAGAACCCGGACCUGCUGGCAGUGGGCUAUGGUGACUACAGUAGUUGGAAACCAGGACUGAUCUGCUGCUGGUCCAUAAAAAACCUCAUGUGGCCGGAGCGCGUUUACCCCUGUCACAGUAGCGUCACGGCGCUGGACUUCUCUUCCUGCAAACCUGACAAACUGGCAGUGGGGAUGUUCGAUGGCACCGUCGCCAUUUUCAGCGUGCGUAGCCAAGACCAGUCCACAUAUCUGGCCAGCAGCAGGGACUGCAUCAAAAAGCACGUCCACCCCGUGUGGCACAUCACCUGGGCCAAACAGGAAAUGAAAUUUUCCGACGAGGAGAUUGUGGAAUCCGUGGUGUCUGUGUCAGAGGACGGUCACGUCAUCAAGUGGCUCCUGUGCAGCAGCGGUCUGGACGGCAUAGACAUGCUGGAGCUGAGGAGAAUCCAAGAUGGCUUCAAGAAGUCGGAUGGGAACAAAAGAAAGAAAGAAGAUAUUCUGGUGUCCACGGCAACGCCUGGUCUUUGUCUGGAUUUUCAUCCCACGGAUCCUACCAUCUACCUGGCCGGCACGUGUGAAGGCGUCAUCCAUAAGUGCUCCGUCUCCAACCAUCAUCACUACCUGGCUAUUUAUCAGAAACACCUGUGCUCUGUGAACUCCGUCGAAUGGUCCCCGUUCAGUCCCGACCUGUUCCUGAGCUGCUCGUCGGACUGGACCAUCCUGCUGUGGAAGGAGGACUGCCUGAUGCCCGUGAUAGGCUUCACCUCAAUCCAGACUCCCGUGCUGUCUGCCAGGUGGUCCCCGCUUUGGCCGUCCGUCUUCGCCGCCAUCAACGAGCAACAGCUGGAGAUCUGGGACAUGAACGCAUCUCUGCAGGACCCGGUUAUUGUGCAAGAGGCAGCACCGGGCAUCCACAUCACCACCCUGCUUUUCGCCAAAGGGACGGACUGCGUCGUGGUCGGAGACACAAGUGGAAAAGUGACCUUCUACAAGAUCAAGAACCUGAGUGUAGGCCCCGGCAAGAAGGUGCCAAAUCUGGAGGAUCUGAUUCACUUCGGCGACUCCAGCUCGAGUUGAUAUUUUAUAUGUGACCUAUGCAGUGUGCCGCAACCAUACAACCUGAUGUGAUCCAGAACAAAAAUGCCGCCUUUCCAAAGAUAAUAUCGCUACAUUCAGACUUAAAAAAAAAACAUUCUUAUUUUGUGUCACACUGUGAGCUAUUGUGGCGGUAAACAAGAGGGAGACAAAUGUUUGUACAGUGCAGGAAUGUGCAGCCUGGCUAACGUGAUUAUUCAUGGCUGACAGCGCUUCCUUUCACUGCGAGCAAGGCAGCUGCUCUGUCUACUCAUCACAAACACACUUGUCCUUGCAUUCCGCAGCUAAACUAUUUCAAACCCAGACGCAUGGAAAACAUAAACUUGUACGGUUGAACGCCUUACAGCCCGUCAAAGUUUCCAAAAAAAAUGUUUCACGUUUUACAAACCCCAAAACCAGUGAAGUUGGCACGUUGUGUACAUCGUAAAUAAAAAUAAAAUACAUUGAUUUGCAAAUCAUUUUCAACCUUUAUUCAAUUGACUAGACUGCAAAGAUAAGACACUUAACGUUAGAACUGGAAAAAAAAUGUUUUUGCAAAUAUUAGCUGAUAUCGAAUGUGAUGCCUUCAAUAUGUUUUGAAAAAGCUGGCACACAAGGCAAAAAAGACAGAGAAAGUUGAGGAAUGCUCAUCAAAUACCUACUUGGAACAUCCCACAGGUGAACAGACUAAUUGGGAACAGCUGGGUGCCAUGAUUGGGUAUAAAAGCAGCUUCCAUGAAAUGCUCUGUCAUUCACAAACAAGGAUGGGGCGAGGGUCACCACUUUGUGAACAAAUGCUUGAGCAAAUUGUCGAGCAGUUUAACAACAACAUUUCUCAACGAGCUAUUACAGGGAAUUUAGGGAUUUCACCAUCUACGGUGUGUAAUAUCAUCAAAAGGUUCAGAGAAUCUGGAGAAAUCACUGCACGUAACAUUGAAUGCCCGUUACCGUUGAUCCCUCAGGCGGUACUGCAUCAAAAAUUGACAUCAGUGUGUAAAGGAUACCACCAAACGGGCUCAGGAUCACUACAGAAAACCAUUGUCAGUAACUACAGUUCGUCGCGACAUCUGUAAGUGCAAGUUAAAACUCUACUAUGCAAAGCCAAAGCCAUUCAUCAACAACACCCAGAAAUGCCGCCAGCUUCGCUGGGCCCGAGCUCAUCUAAGAUGGACUGAUGCAAAGUGAAAAAGUGUUCCGUGGUCUGACGAGUCCACAUUUCAAAUUGUUUUGGAAACUCUGGAUGACCAAAGAGGGAAAGAACCAUCCGGACUGUUAUUGGUGCAAAGUUCAAAAGCCAGCAUCUAUGACGGUAUGGGGGUGUAUUAGUGCCCAGGGCAUGGGUAACUUGCACAUCUGUGAAGGCACUAUUAAUGCUAAAAGGUACAUACAGGUUUUGGAGCAACAUGUUUCCAUCAACGCAACAUCUUUUUCAGCAAGACAAUGCCAACCCACAUUCUGCACGUGUUACAACAGCGUGGCUUCGUAGUUAAAGAGUGGGUACUAGACAGGCCUGCCUGUAGUCCAGACCUGUCUCCCAUUGAAAAUGUGCGGCGCAAUAUGAAACCUAAAAUACGACAACGGAGACCCCGGACUGUUGAACAACUUAAGCUGUACAUCAAGCAAGAAUGGGAAAUAAUUUCAAACAGUGGUCUCCUCAGUUCCCUAACAUUUACUGAGUGUUGUUAAAAGGAAAGGCCAUGUAACACAGUGGUAAAAAUACUCCUGUGCCAACUUUUUUGCAAUGUGUUCCUACCAUUAAAUUCUAAGUUAAGGAUUAUUUGCAAAAAAAAAUAUGUUUCUCAGUUCCAACAUUAAAUAUAUUGUCUUUGCAGUGUAUUCAAUUGAAUAUAAAUUGAAAAGGAUUUGCAAAUCAUUGUAUUCUUUUAUUUACAAUUUACACAACAUGCCAACAUCACUGUUUUGGGUUUUGUAUAUUCUGGACCUCUAAGCCAGUAUGAGCUGAGUUGGUACACCAAGUACUUUGAUUUGGUUAUUUAGAGUUCAUCUGUUUGUUUGACACAAAGCAACACUGGUUGUGUUAUGUUAGCUGCCUAUCUAAGCCCUGACUGGUUAGCGGACAAAGGACUUGGUUAUCCCUGACUAUUUAUAGAGUCAAUUUGUUUUCUGAGAGAUGCUGUAAAGAUGCAGACUUUCAUGUCAUUCCGAGCCGCUACCUUUCUGUGCACUUUUUAGCUGCCAUGGCUGAUUGGACUCUGCUUUUUAUAGGCAAAGGACUUAGAUUUGUUAAUGCUGUGACUUUAGAAUGUAACGAUAAUAACAUUUCAUAUCAUGGCUUUUGUGACCAAAGUUGUUACGAUUAAAAUGAUUAUGGUAUUCUUGGAUGUGCUCAAAAGGUACUUAAACACACACUGACAUCUUUUUACCGAAUUGUAUUUUUUAAUUGUUAGUGUGUCUUGCAUUUAUGUUUGGUUGUAAGCUAGCAAGCGAUUAGCCUGCAAGUGACUUCUCUCAGAAAUGAGCAGUGUCACUCAUAUAGAUGUGACAUUUGUGAACGAACUGAGU